AUGGAUAAAUCAAUUAAUGAAUAUUUAAAAAGAUUCAUAGUCGAUACAGAAACAUUUAAAUAUCCUUUAAGAAAUUAUUUAACAUUUUUAAAAAUUUCAAAUGAUGAAACUAAAAUAAAUGAUGAAGCAAUGGGUGCUUUUAUUCCAAAUAAAAUAAUUCCAAAUUCUGUAGUAUCAUUAAUAAUUAAUCAAAAUCUAAUAAUUUCAAAAGGUGAUUUACCAGAUUCUAUCAAAUCAAUAAAAUUCGAUCAAAGAUUCAAAGAAUAUAUUGAUAAUGAUAUGUUACCAAAAAAAUUAAUUAAAAUAGGACUAGGUCAUAAUACCAAAAUCAGUAAUAAUUUAAUUAUACCAAAAAAUCUUAAAUUUCUUACAAUUCAAAGAAAAUUUCAACUACCAUUAUUAGACCAAGUUACGUCUUCAAUACAAUUUUUGUGUAUUGAAGAAUGUAAUUCAAAUACUAGAAUUCCAAAAACAAUUAAAAAUUUGGCUUUCAUUAGAGAGUUUCAUAAUAAACUUCCUACAAUACCAAAAAAUAUUGAAUUUCUUUAUAUUGGAAAUAAAUUCAAUAAAGAAAUUGAUUUUUUAAAUUUAUCACAUUUAAAAGUUUUAAAAAUUGGUAGAUCAAAACGAUUUUCAAAAAACUAG